AGAUCAUCGCUGCGGCUGCGGCUGAAACGGUGCAGGGAGAGAAGAGGAAGGGAAAAGAAACUAGAGGGGGGGGGAAAUCAUAGAAAAAGAGGAAAACCCCCAAAUCGAAACCCUCCAGCUCUCUCCGCAGCCCGCGGCCAUGCCCAGCCAUCCUGCCGGUGCUGCGCUGCUGGCGCUCGCCCUCUGUGUCCUCCUCGAAGAUGGUAUGGGGCAGCCUCCCCUGCAGUCCCACCUCGGCACGGCCGCACACCUGAGGACCAAGCGGUGCUCCUGCAACAGCUGGCUGGAUAAGGAGUGCAUCUACUUCUGUCACCUGGAUAUCAUCUGGGUCAACACGCCUGGGCACACUGCUCCCUAUGGCCUGGGCAGCCCGCCACGACGGCGCAAGAGAUCGCCCGGCAGGUGUGAGUGCUCGCGCUCUGGAGACAGCACCUGUGCCAGCUUCUGCCAGGAGGAGCCCAGGUACCUCCAGAGCCUGAGGCUCCCAACCACCUCUGGAGCAUCAACAAAGGCUCCACAGAGUGCUGAUGUGAAGCCUUCCCAGCACAGCCUGCUGAGAGCCCUCAGGGACCUUGCUGCCUCCCGCCUGCAGUUCAGCAAGCAGCAGCACCGUGCUCAGCAGAGUGCUCCACCAGCAGUUUUGCCUUGGAAGAAGAGCAUUUGGAAGAAGAAGAGAUAAGGAGCAGGUGCAAACCAAGAUUGCCAGAAGAAUCUGGAGUUCCGUGGGUGCCGCUAACUCCGCUGUCGGUAGUUAGAGCUGAAGGAAAGGCCAUGAGUGGAGGGGGGAAGAAUUGGAAGUCUCCAUGCUCCCAUUGCGUGAACAAGUACUGCAUGCACUCCAGAGACUGUUAUAAAGGGAAAUCAGUGUCUCUCUAUACAGUCAUAGACGUGUCGUGGAGCUGAAUUGUGCCUUUUUGGAUCAGGCAAGGGUCUUGCUGGUAGAGCACUUGCUUCGCUCUGCACUGGAGCCCAAGGCAGACGCUCAGCCGCUGUGGGUGGUUGAAUCACCAACAAAACCCAAACAGCCAUGUGCCAUCCAGACAUGGCAGCAUCAAGUGCCCGCAUCACUGGCCUGGUCUGCUCUGCCCUCGGACCACGUCUGAGCGUGGGUCCACUCGGCCCUCUCUGGCAUGGUCUGGCUGCUGUAGAUGGGGAUAAGCUGCUUCUGGGCCCAGCGUUGCACUUUUUUCACUUAUCAGUGUGAUGUGCAUAUGAAUGAGACUCCUGUGGUCAAGCAGUUCCCAGUAUAUAUAUAUAAAAGUGUAUCAUCUUGAAGCCCAAGAGCCAUCUGAAUGGUCAGUGGCAUUCUUUGGCUGAGAAAAUCACUGGAGGGCCAUGUGGGUCUUGUUUAGGUGGAUGAUAGCUCUCUUCAAACCUAAGCGUGGCUCCUGCCCCCAUGCAGAGUAGAGCAGGGUGGGAUGCUCACGUGCAGCUGUAUCUCUGCAGCAGUUUCUGGCCCUGCCAGGCUGCAGCCCCACGCAUGGAGCCCCAUCGAGCCUGGAGAGGGUCCGAGCAGAGCCAAGCUGCUGGUCUGGAUGGGGUCAGUGCUGGGAACCUGGAUUGUUCCCUGGGACACGCUCCCAUAGGGGUUGGGUUCCCCAGCUCUUCACCUCAUUCCCCAGCUUGCCCUCAGCUUUGCCUAAAAGGAAGGGUUGGGGCAGAGAAGAUGGGUGGUGGGAGAAUGGCAUGCAAAGGCUUGCUUGCUGCUUCACUUAGAUCAGAUUUCUGAGUCGGACCCUAUAUAAUAAAUAAGCAGUGUGUGGAUAGCACCUCACUAAAAAGUGUAACCAGAAUAGAGAAUGAGUUAGGCAAGGGGCAGCCAGGUGGGAUUAACGUGCAGGAAAGGAUCAGCAGGAAGAGAGCACAGCACCGUCUGCAUAGCUUGAGGAGAAAGGGUUGGGCUCAAACCCACACAAAUGGUGGAUGCUUCCCCAGGGGCAGCACAGUGCUGCUGUCUUGGAGGAGGGAAGGAAUAAUGUGGGGAAAAACACAGCCCAGGAGCUGGAAACCCAUCUUGUAGGCAAACAGUCUCAAGGAUCUGGGGCUGUAUUGCAGAUGCACUUUUGCUUGCUUGGGCAGAUUGACUUCUGUUAUACAUUGUGGCUGUGGCUGUCGUCUGGUUAGCCCAGGUGAAUAAGUGCUGUCGGGUCCCCCUUGCUGCCCGGUCCAGUAUUACACAUGAGCAUUGAAAGAGAUUGCUUGAGAUUGGUGGUGGACCAAAACCUGUGGUUGUCUUAAGCACAGUCCCUUCGGACAUACAAAAUACUUCCUUGAUUUUGCUUUAAGCCUUAGAGAGCAGAGCAAAGAUGAGACCAAUUGAUUGUAUUGUCAGUGAAACAACCGACCGAUCAUUUUUGGUCCCCAGAGCUGCAGGAAAAGUUUUUUUUUUUUUUUUCUAUUUGACCUUCUGAAGGUUUGGAGUCAUUUGGGAAAAAAAAAAAAAAAUCAGAAAUAAAUAAAUCCUGAAAGGGUUUGUUCCAAAGGAAACUUUGCACAUGGUUUAAUGUGAGCCUCGUAAUUUAAAAUAAAACGACUGCUGUAAAAUACUAUGUAUAUCUCCUUGUGUGCGUGAUGUCUCCUCUUCAGCGUGACCGAUUGCACACGUGCUGUAUGUAGCAUUCUGACGUCUGUAUAUUUAUUUAAAUCUAUUGGUUUUUUUAGAUGGCAAUUUGCAAAAAGAUCUAAUUUGUAAUAAAUAAUGGCAAAAGUC